CGUUUAUAUAGUCCACAAGUAAACAGAGAGGCUCUAUCUCUGCAAACUGCUUUGUAUUUUUUCUUUCUUUGUAUGAAAUUAGAGCUUAGUUGGGAUGGCCAUGUUGAGAUCAAUGACCGCCAGAAAAAGCCCACAUGCUUAUAAGCAGCUGAUUAAAGAUGAAGAAUCCCAUCAUGAUCUCUUCGACCCAAAGCUCAGCAGAAAUUCAAGUGUCCCAUCCUUUAAAAAUGGAGUCUUUGGCACCCCAUCACCUUCAUCCUCUUCGUCGUCAUCUCAGGCGAAAUCUCAGGCGAAACAAGCGGAGAAGGCCAGCAAGGUUCACCCGAUUUUCAGCCUCUUCAACACCGGCCGGAAAAGUAAGAGGGCCACCGCCAGGCCGGAGUUCUCCCGGUAUAUGCAGUAUCUCAAGGAAGGUGGAUUCGGCGGCGUCAUAGACAUCGCCGCCGCCGCCAAAUCGAGCAUGCCCGGAAACUGAACCGUCUCUUCCGCCUCCUCCGAUUGCUUUGGUUCGAUUGGAUUCCGUUUUUAGUGCAGUUUGACUUUUGUCAAGCGACUCAUAUAUAAUUGUUCAAUUCCUUUUGCACCAAAGUUUAUGAUUAUUGCACAUCUUUGAAAAAUGAUGAAACAUUUAUUUUAAACUGCUUUGUAAAAUAAUUUAUUUAUGAAAUCAUAUAUUGAUGAAAUGAACUUAUUUUGUAACUUCCCUUUCAUUCUAAUAAGAAUGCGUAAAUUUGGUUGAUAGCUUGAAUAAUAAUAUACAGAAAACAUGUUUAUCAUGACAACAAUUUUGCACUUACAUUUAAUGUCAGGUCAACUUAUUUAGUUUUGCUGGUUUAAUACGAAGUUGAUCCCAUUUUUUUUAUCAUUUUAUGUUUGUGCCCAACAUAAUUUGAGAAAUUGGAAUUUGAUGAUGUCACAAUCCAUAUGGUGGAACAACUAUGUUGGAUUAUGAACAUGGUUUGAUCCGAGACCAUCAAGGGUGCAACCAUGUUGGAUUUUCAACCGUAAGAUUAGAACUUUAAGGAUUGCACAUCACAUGUUCGACAAAAUGCCACAAAGACAUAUCUGGUGCAAAGUACUUCUAGCCCUCUGAUUUCAUAUGUUCUUAUUGAAGAUUAAACACAUGAGAAGUACUACCAACCUUUUUUCUACAAGCAUCCUACCCCAUCAUCAAUUUUAUACCCAAGACAGCCUCAACCAUUGCCAAUAUUCAGAAAAUGCAGAAAGAAGCUCCCUCGAUGCACAAAAUUCUGAUUAAAGCCUCAUGUUGUUU